CAAAGCUAUCCGAUCGAUCGGUUUGGUUGCUAACAAAGUUGAUGUAAGAUGGAGGGUAUCCCAGUGCUCUUUUUUAUAUUUGGGCUGUUAAGUGUAUUUUUAACACAAAUCUACGCUCUAGAGCCGGAGUGUGGCAAGCUGAGAGAGGCCCAGCUCUACAAUAUGAAACAAAUCACGGAACCGGACGAGUACACAUGGAUUGGACGCGUGGGCUAUGGCAAUUCCAGUGAUCCGGACCCUGAGAUAAAGUGCUCGGCGGUGCUGAUCCAUCAACGAUAUGCACUUAUCUCUGCUAGAUGUGUGCUUACACCUGGACUUGGAGAUGCCACGUUCAUUCUGUUUGGGGAUUGGCAGGCCACUCGUAAUAUUCGAAAGGAAGAUUGUCGCCCGAAUGGGAACGACAUCAAGUGCGCCCCGCCUCCGCAAGUGGUGAAUAUCGAGGAGCUGGUGGUGCACCCAAUGUUUGACAGCAAAGGCUUUGACUAUGAAAUCGCACUGGCCAAGCUGGCGGAAAAUGUAAAGUUCUCGGACUUUGUCCAGCCCAUUUGCCUGCCGCCCGCCUAUAAAGUUGAGGGGAAUCACAUCGCUCAGCGACUGGAGAUGACGGGAUUCAGGGGAGAAACCUUUAAUAAGGUCGAGCCGCUGGCUGACGAAUACCGCUUUCGGACGAAGCUGGUUGUGCAGACAGCCAGUUCGGAGUAUUGCUCCUGGAAUUGGCAGCAGGCCCAUAUGACGUUUAAUUACGAGAACCAAUUGUGUGCUAUGGUGGAUGUAAGGGACUCUGCUCUGACAAGCGGAACACUGAUGGGCAUUGAAUAUGAAGGGGAAAAGCCAAGGAACUUCUACGUCAUUGGCAUAGCGGGCAUUACGCUUAAGACGUCCUCAAAACCACCUGUAAUCAUACACCAAAUUAUGCGCGUCUUGCCGUUUAGGGAUUGGAUUUUAAAAAACAUGGCUUAAACGACCUCGUAAUAGGUUAAUUUUCAAUUUUAAUUUAAUAAAUUUUUAAAACUUAUAAGUUACUUAAAAACACCUCAA